AUGUCGGAUUUGGAGGAGAGCAAAUCGUUGAGAGAAGAGAGAAAACCUGAUGUCAGGUGAGGCAUUUUAAGUUGAACGCGCAUUCAGUGAAAUAUUACAGCACAAGCAGCUCAAACGACGGUACAACCAGCUCGAACGACGCAACAAAACUCGUAAGAAUAGCUUUUAAUUGCUUCACCGCAUGUAAAUAAUUUAUUUCAGUCGAAAUCGAAAAGUUUAAAGCAUUAUUACGAUAAGCAGAACGAAAUAAGACGGCAGUACUCGCGAGACAGUGAGCAGAUCGAGGCCGCGCGGCGGUCUAAGGAACACCAGCGAGAGCUGAGAUUGAGUGAAUCCGAUGGAGGGAUGUCUGAGAGUGGCGGACCCAUGAGCAGCUUCCACGUUUCGGAUGCAACCAAUCUGUCAAAGGACUCGCUUCUCGCUCGGCACGAAGCAUCGGUGAAUGCGGAGAAAAAGUUGGAGAAGGCCGCUGGCCGCCUCGCCAACAUCACCCUGCUCGUCAAUUUCACUCUGAUGGUUGCGAAGGUACGUCAUUCUGUUCACAAAGACUAGAUAAUUCAGCUCAUUCAGGUGACGGCUGCCUGGCUUUCAGGAUCGAUGUCCAUUAUUUCUUCCAUGAUUGAUUCCCUCGUUGACCUCACUUCCGGCGCUCUCCUCUCCAUAUCGUCCAGAUUGAUUCGGAAGCGCGAUCCUUACCAAUAUCCCCGCGGAAGAACUCGUGUGGAGCCGCUCACUCUCAUCCUCAUCAGUACAAUCAUGGGAAUAGCCAGUUUGAUGCUGAUCAUUAACUCUGUCGAACGGAUUACUGCCGCUGGUCAGUUUUUUGUUGUAAAAUUCUAAACAAAAUUGUUGUAACUGUUUACAGCGUUCAAUGGUGUGAAAGAGGAAAUCAACGUGAGUUGGCCGACAGUCGCCAUCAUGCUCACCACGAUCGCUGUCAAGUUGACUCUCUACUUCAUCUGCAAAGGGUUAGAAUUUGUUCAAGUAACCCCAGAAACGCCAGAGUUUCAGAUACAAGACAAACUCUUCGAUCAGAGUUCUCUCUCAGGACCACCGAAACGACUGCAUUUCUAAUUCCGUGGCUCUCGCUUGUGCUUGGCUUGCAUACUAUUUCGACGAUGGCGUCAGUUUGUUCGGAUUGUGUCCGACCGGAGGAUGCGACCUCUACUAUCUCGAUCCGAUCGGAGCAAUCGUCGUCUCGUUCUACAUUCUGUACACGUGGAUGCGCACCGGGUACACUCACUUUGUCAUGCUCAGCGGAAAGUCGGCCAGCCCCGAGCUCAUAAAUCGUAUCAUCCAUCAGUGCAUGAAACACGACGAACGAAUCACUCACAUCGACACAGUCUACGUCUAUCAUUACGGCACCAAAUUCCUCGUCGAGGUUCACAUCGUUCUCGACCAGAACAUGAUUCUGAAGGACACGCACGAUAUCGCCGAGAGUCUUCAGACGGGAAUCGAGGCGCUGCCGGAGAUCGAACGGGCCUUCGUUCACUGCGAUUACGAGUUCGAGCACCAUCCGCACGAUGAACACAAAUCUGUCUAG